AUGGAGUUCCCCCGGUUACUCCACCAGACUGCACUGUUCGCGUGCCCCCGCGAGCGCUACCAAGACGUCAGGCGCAAUAUUAACAGUUUGAAGCUCAUCGAACUCGGGUUUUCCUUCUUCGGCGACAGCGGGCGGCGCCGGACCUGGCAGAUAAACUUCCGCGACUUCGACGUUUCCUCUCCAUCAGAUGUGCGAUAGGAGGCCUCCGUGGAGCUGCUGAAGAGGAGCGGCGUGGAUUUGGGCAGGACGGAAUCGACCCGGAUGUCCUCUCUGCGGUCGUUACGGUUGGAUGGGGCGGCGCAAGCCCCGGUGGGUGACGUUACAGGGGCUUUACGACGUGGCGUACCUGGUGAAGCUCCUCAACGGGGCGCCGUUCCCGGCGACCGACGCUACCUGGGUUCGCCUAGCUGGUGAGAGCGACCCUCAGCAGGGUCAUCGACGUCAAGUACCUGACCAGAUUCUGCGGAGGUUUACACCUCGGGAUGGCUCGGCUCUGA